AUGGCUUCAAUGAUAUCACCAGUCGAUUUGAUGCCUAGCGGGAUCGAACACGGAAAUGGUGUCAUGGUGGCUAUUACAACACUUUUCACGUUUCUCGCAACAGUCGCGGUCAUAUUACGAUUUAUCUCUCGAAGGAUAUCCGUGACCGUGAAAUGGGAUGAUUGGUUCAGCCUCAUCGCCCUCAUAUUCGCAUACGGAUGUUUCAUAGUCACGCUCCUUGACGCUACUAUUGCCCACGGUGGAUAUGAUAUCGAAUAUUACAGUGCAGCAACAUUGGAAAAAUAUCUCGAAAUAACACUCGCAGAAAACGUAUUGUACGUCGCGAGUAUCUCGUUCUCAAAAGCAGCAGUCCUUCUCCUUUACCACCGCAUCUUCAAAAUUCAAAAAUCCUUCCGCGUUGCAUCGUGGCUCGUCGGCUUUCUGAUCGGCGGUUACUUUAUCACCAGUCAAUGCCUGUUAAUUUUUGCAUACAACCCAACUGAAGCACAAUGGAAACCAUGGCUGCCACACUCUGCCAAUUUUAAUAUAAUCGCAAGCUGGAUAGUCAUGAGCAGCAUCAACAUGGUGGUAGAUUUCCUUAUUCUCUGCCUCCCGCAGCCGGUUGUGUGGAGGCUUAAGAUGAAUCUGAAAAAAAAGGUGCUUCUGUCUGGACUCUUUUGUUUCGGUAUAGUUAUCUGUAUUGCGGACUUGAUGCAUAUUAUCUGUAUCUCAGAGGUCGACAUCAAUAAUCCUACAGCCACUGAGGCCAGCACUGCCAUUUGGCAAAAUGUCGAAUUGAACUUGAGUGUCAUCGUCACUUGCCUUCCAACAUUUCCAAGCCUAAUCAGCCACUUGCGCAAAGGCCCUCGUAGUAGUGCGUCGAGGUCUUAUGAGAGGUCUAAUGAUAAUGAACAUAAAAAGCCGCUCAAUAACGGUGGCUUCCCUGGCAUGGGAAACUCUACAGCAUUUUCGGGGGGGUCCGAAAGGGAGCAGAACUCGAUGAAUAAAGCAUGCCAUGGCUCGAGCUACAACAUGGAUCACAUGGGCCCGGUGCAUGUACAAACAGAUGUAAGAGUGAAAUGGGAUAGAGAGUCGCACCAGUCAUCAUGGUCGAUUGUUUGAAUAUUCAAAAUAUUCAAAUGUUCUAAUGAAGAAUAUACGAAAGCUACACGCAUGGAUCUCUAUAGCUAGGAGGGUCCAUUCUACGUGGACGUUUAGCAAGGGUUUUGUUUUAGUAUCCAAGCACUUGAGCACCAAUUUCAUACUUCAGAC